CUCUCAGGGUUGUAAUCCGCUGGCGCAAACCGGCCGGAGCAAACUGCAGAAUCAAAGAGCUGCCUUGAACCAGCAGAUCCUGAAAGCCGUGCGGAUGAGGACCGGAGCUGAAAACCUUCUGAAAGUAGCCACGAACCAGAAGGUGCGGGAGCAGGUGCGGCUGGAGCUGAGCUUUGUCAACUCGGACCUGCAGAUGCUCAAGGAAGAGCUGGAGGGGCUGAACAUCUCGGUGGGAGUCUAUCAGAGCACGGAGGAGGCAUUUGCAAUGCCCCUGAUUCCUCUUGGCCUGAAGGAAACGAAAGAUGUCGACUUUUCGGUCGUCCUUAAGGAUUUUAUCCUGGAACAUUACAGUGAAGAUAGCUAUUUAUAUGAAGACGAAAUCGCAGAUCUUAUGGAUCUGAGACAAGCUUGUCGGACGCCCAGCCGGGACGAGGCCGGGGUCGAACUGCUGAUGACUUACUUCCUCCAGCUGGGUUUUGUCGAGAGCCGCUUCUUCCCGCCCACGCGACAGAUGGGGCUCUUGUUUACCUGGUACGACUCCCUCACUGGGGUCCCGGUCAGCCAGCAGAACUUGCUCCUGGAGAAGGCCAGUGUCUUGUUCAACGUGGGCGCCAUCUACACCCAGGUCGGGACCCGGUGCAACCGGCAGACGCAGGCUGGGCUCGAGAGUGCCGUGGACGCCUUCCAGAGAGCCGCAGGGGUUUUAAACUACCUGAAGGAGACGUUCACGCACACCCCCAGCUACGACAUGAGCCCCGCCAUGCUCAGCGUGCUCAUCAAAAUGAUGCUCGCACAGGCGCAGGAAAGCGUGUUUGAGAAAUUCUGCCUUCCCGGGAUCCGGAACGAAUUCUUCAUGCUGGUGAAGGUCGCUCAGGAGGCUGCCAAGGUGGGAGAGGUCUACCAGCAGCUGCACGCGGCCAUGAGCCAGGCACCGGUCAAAGAGAAUGUCCCCUACUCCUGGGCCAGCCUGGCCUGCGUGAAGGCUCACCACUACUCGGCCCUGGCCCACUACUUCACUGCCACCCUCCUCAUCGACCACCAGCUGAAGCCAGGCGCGGACGAGGACCACCAGGAGAAGUGCCUGUCCCAGCUCUACGAGCACAUGCCCGAGGGGCUGACGCCCCUGGCCACGCUGAAGAACGAGCAGCAGCGCCGACAGCUGGGGAAGUCCCACCUGCGCGCAGCCGUCACCCACCACAAGGAGUCCGCGCUGGAGGCCAGCCUGUGCAAGAAGCUGCGCCACAUCGAGGUGCUGCAGGAGGUGCUCUCUGCGGCGCACGAGCGCUCCUGGCUCAAGUACACGCAGCACCAGGCGGACGACGAUCUCCUGACCUUGAUCGACGCUCCCAACAUUGCUUCUAAAACUGAACAGGAGGCUGAAAUUACGUUGCCCCAGUUCUCCAAGUUGGAGGUAACGGACUUCUUUCAGAAGCUGGGCCCCUUAUCCGUGUUUUCGGCCAACAAGAGGUGGACACCUCCUCGGAGCAUUCACUUCACCACAGAAGAAGGGGACUUGGGGUUCACCCUGAGAGGCAACGCCCCAGUUCAGGUCCACUGCCUGGACCCGCACUGCUCGGCCGCGCUGGCAGGAGCCAAGGAGGGAGAUUAUAUUGUGUCCAUUCAAGGCGUGGAUUGCAAGUGGCUGACGGUGAGCGAGGUCAUGAAACUGCUGAAGAGCUUGGGCGAGGACGGGAUCGCGAUGAAGGUCGUGAGCCUCCUGGACUCCACGUCGUCCAUGCAUAAGUGUGCCACAUACUCUGUGGGAAUGCAGAAAACGUACUCCAUGAUCUGCUUAGCCAUCGAGGAUAACGAUAAAACUGAUAAAACCAAGAAAAUCUCGAAGAAGCUUUCCUUCCUGAGCUGGGGCGCCAGUAAGAACAGACAGAAGUCAGCCAGCACCUUGUGCCUCCCUUCGGUUGGGGUUUCGAGGCCUCAGAUCAAGAAGAAGCUCCCCUCUCCUUUCAGCCUUCUCAACUCCGACAGUUCUUUGUACUAACGUGAGGAAGCAAAAACGUUCAGGCCCCAAACGUUGACGGUGUGGACUUGACAGUGUGGAAGAGGCCUUCAAAAUUUGUGCCAUAACGGAAAUAUCUAAAUGUUUUCGGAUCCCAUUUUCACGUGGUAUAGAUUUGCAUUUCAUGUGUUUUUAUGAAUGAAAGUAACAAGAAACCUCUAGAAAUUUGUGACAGACUUCUUUGAGGAGUGUCACUAUAUUGCUGCAAGUUAUUUAUUAUAUAAAGUAUCGUAGAUGGUGUUGAUAAUAUGGCUGUUUUUAAUGGUUAGGACUGUUUGUAAGUUUUCAGGUUUGGGGAACAAUCAUUCCUUAAUCUAGAAUUCAGACGCCCCCUGAAUUAAGGCAAUUCAGAGGACUGUGAUGGUAGAAUUAAAUUAGCGUUACUAAAAACUGUUCCAAAGAGCUGCUUUUCCUAAUAGGAGUUAUUUAACCUAAAACAACAAGAUUUACUAUUAAUAUCUAUAUAAUAUGAAUGCUAUUUCUAGAUAAAGUCUAGUGCCAAAUUUGUCUUGAUUUAUUAAAUAAAAACAAUUUAGGAGCAUCUUUUCUUCUACUUUGAUGUCAUUUAAUUUAAAAGUUGCUAACACAGUGGCAGUGUUAGAUGACGAUGCUGUCUACAAGGUAGAUAAUAUACUGUUUGAUACUCGAAACAUUUUUCAUGUUGUUGAAAGCAGAAGGUACAUAACUGUAUAUUUUAAGUCUUGAGUAAGGGGGUUUUACAUC